AUGAACCUCUUGCUCUCAUUGACCCAGAACUCUCUCAAGGAACUCUCUCAGCUCUCAUGGAGGGGGUUAGGGCAAUGUCGAAGAGGAUGCUGGUGUUGAGGAGAUAUAUUAGGAUUAAGGUCAGUUCGGAGAUGGGGGCUAUGGCGAAGAGGAUGCUGGUGUUGAGGAGGUACUUUCGGAUUAAGGCCAGUUUAGAGAGGGAGAGGUUGGAUGCUUAUCUCUUGGAGAGGCAGAAGAUCAAGCAUUUGAGAGCCCAGAAGCGGAGAGCCUUUUUUCGAAAGACAUCGGCAAACAUUUUGACCCAUCAAAAUGGGAAUUACUUUUUGGGUAUAACAGGAGUUGGUCUUGCCAUUGAUGGUAAAAUUUCUUCGGACAGUCAUUCAAGAGAUGUGAUGGAUAUGCUUCCAAACAUGGAAAACCAGCUUUCCAUUUGCGCAUUACAGUGUUACAUGGGACGGUGGACACCUCGCCCCCUUCCAUUGUGUCUAUAG